GCGCGUGAUGCAAUUACAGUGCCGGGAUUAUUUAUAGCUCUUGGCCCCGUGCGCUGGAAAAUGCUGCCCAGACCAGCCGUCAGAAUCUGCUCCUUGCGAGGGGCACGGAAACUCGCCCCCAUCCCCUGCUCUGCUCCUCUAGCCUGUCAUUUUUGCCUUUCAAUCCCAAAAUUGUUGGAGCUCUUUGCCUCGGCCGCAGGGCUGCUGGGAGCCCACUCCCCUCUGCAGCUCACGGCUCUGCUGGGACACUCAAUGCGGCCCCUUUCUGCAGCAUUUUGGGGGGCUCCCCUUUCCCCCAGCCCUCCCCGGAGGAUGCUCGGUGCCAUCCCGGUGGCCCCGCAGCUGACGCUGCUGUCCGGAGGCCCGAGGGGUCAGUGGCGGGGUCCAGCUCGGCCGUGCCGCGGGGACAGUGACACGCCAAGCUUGUGGCUGGGGACAGAAUGUGCCGGGGCUGGCGCAGCCCUGCGAGGGCCGGGAUUAACUGCGCCGCUGCUGCCUCCGGCCCGGGCGCCCGUCCAGCUCCCAAAACAAGCACCGCCUUCCCCAGCCCAGCUGGCCUGAGCCCUGCGGGGUGCAGCUCACCCCAGAACCUGCCAGAACCGAGGGGCACCCACCGGGGGCUGAUCUGUGUGCACGGGGCUCGGGCAGUGAUGAGAAAUCUGAUUUUGGCCGAAGCAGAGUUCCCCGCGCUGGGGUCGGGGUUCGGGCACUGCCCAAAUUCAGCAUCUUUGCUCCGGUGGGACUCCGGGCUCGCAGCCCUCGCACCCUGCGGAGCAGCAGUGUCUGGAGCACCGGGACCUGCCCAGCCCAGUCACAGGGUCCCCGAGCACCGCGGGGACAAAGUCCCCAGCAGCACCAGGCCUUGCUUUGGGUUUGCUCCAGCCUCCGGCGCUGCGGAAGCACCAGGGCUCGGCCCUGGCAGCGUUUUUGAGCUCUGGGACUCUGAGGCUCCCCUUCAUGCGGCAGAGCUGUGCCAGGGCUCCGGGAAGCAGCCGUGCACCCCGACAUGCCGGGGCGGCAUCGCGGCCGCCCUCCGCCCGCUGACUCAGCCGCCUUUGCCGGAGCUGCUGCCGCCCACGGAAACCGCAGGCAAAGUCCCCGCAUCCCUGAGCCGGGGCUUUUCCCUCCGGCUCGACAGGAAUCGCAGCUUUUCCCCAGCCUGGUGCGGGCAGCGAGCCCCUCCGGCUGCGGGGGGAAACUGCGGAGAAACCGCAGAAUUUUUUUAUUCCAAACCUUUUUUUUUUUUUUUUAAAUUCCAAAAAGCGGGGUCUGGAGCAGCCUGGUGGCUGCACGUGCCACACGUCCCGUCCCCUGUGAGCAUCGCGCCAGCAGCAGGGUGACAUCACCGGGACACCCCACAAACCUCGAGGGUGGCCGGUGCUGCCCGUGUUGUCUUUGCAGCAAAUCGCCACCUUUAUUCACUGUAUCAAAACCAACCCCUUGUUUUUUUGGGUCUGACCCACCUCAUUUGGGGUCCCUCACUGUUGGCACUGCCCGGCCCCUUGCGCAGUCGCUCCUCGCUCCUUCCCUUCCUCGGGCAAUGGAAAAUUUUUGUGACUUUUUGACUUUCCUCCCGUUGUUUGGGAGCGAGGAAGGGGCCGGUGCCGCGCACAAACAUGUCUAUGUAUAAACACCGGGGACCGUGCCAGGGAUGGAGCCGCCGGCACCGGACCCUCCCCACGGAGCCGGGUGUCCCCUGUCCUGCCGGGACCCCAGAGUGGCGCUCAGUGACCCAGAGCCGUCCCCGUGGGGACGCAAAUAUUUUGGCUUUGUUAAAAAACAACAACAACAACAACUCUUAAAAGAAAAAUCCCCGCCACCUCCCGGGUCAUCCAGCGGCUGCACGUGAUGUGUUGGCACACAAACAGGGAGCCUGGGGACGGGGCACGGCUCCCCCGCUGGGGUCUGCGGGUGACACGGCCGUGCCCUGUGCCAGGGAUGUGGAGCCAUGGGAUUUUGCUCCCAGCGCCGCUGUCAGUCCCAGGAGCCGCUUCACAAAUCGUAGAGAAGUUCCCGUCCAGCCCCGGGUGGGUGCGCGGUCCCCAGGGGGAUGUGGCACGGUGACAUCCCCCACCCUGACCCCCGCAGGUGAAACCUGGCUCGUGUGGCACCAGGGAGGAGCGAGGGGCACCGCAGUCACUGCUGAGCUGCUCUGGGGGUCAGUGGGGACACAGCUGGCCACAUCUGAGACGCGGCGAGUGCGGGGCUGUCACCUCCCUGCUCCUCAGGGGUGAUGGGGCAGCCUUGUCAAACCCCACGGCUCUGAUCCCUCCUCCCACCCCCCAGCCUCAAAGUCUUCAGAAACCGGGUUGUGCUCCUUUUUUUCUUCCCUAUUACCCUGCAAGAAGCAGCAAACUAGAGCUGAUUUCAACAAAAAACCACCUCAGACCAAGCUCGGUUUGGGGAGAGAAGGCUCCAAGGCAGCUCGCAGGGAUGCCCACACAUGGGCAGCAGCCUGCAGCGAGCCCCCUCCCCAUCUCCCAACCUCAUCAGCAGCCUGAAGCCGGUUAUCUUUAAACGCGAAGGGUUAUGCGGAGCAGGGAGAGGGAUUUUCCUGCUGAGCAGCUGUGUAAAUGCCACCGCAUCCCGGCCCAGCGAUGGAGGCAGCGAUAGCCCGAGGGGUCCCGGCUGGUUGGGCCGGGCAGUGCCGGUGGGGAGGGCGGCUGCGGCGCUGCCGGGCGGUCCCGGAGGGGCUCCAGCCGGUUCCCUCCGCUUUCCCGGCGGUUUUGGUGUGUGAAAAAAAUGAGGGAGAGUCAAUCUGCCUGCAAAGAGCUGAAGGAGCUGAGCCUGCCGCGCCGAGGAAGAGCUUGCCGAAGCAGCAAUAGGAAGAGCUUAGUGGUGGGCACCCCCUCUCCGACCCUCUCACGGCCUCUCUCCCCUCUCUCUGUACCAACAGCUGGGAGCAGUCCCUUGGACAGCCCACGGAACUUCUCUGCCAGCACCUCCAUCAACUUCCCCUUUGCUCGCAGCCAUGCUCCUCGGACUGACAGGGCUGAUGGCAGAAGGUGGUCACUGGCUUCGUUACCCUCCUCUGGCUAUGGGACCAACACCCCCAGCUCCACGGUCUCGUCAUCUUCAUCCUCCCAGGAGCGCCUGCACCAGCUGCCGUACCAGCCCACCCCCGACGAGCUGCAUUUCCUUUCUAAGCAUUUCCGCAGUACGGAGAGCGUCACGGACGAGGAGGGCAGGCACUCGCCCUGCCUGCGCCCACGAUCCAGGAGCCUCAGCCCUGGACGGACGAGCGGAACGUUUGAUAAUGAGGUGGUGAUGAUGAACCAUGUCUACAAGGAGAGGUUCCCCAAGGCCACAGCCCAGAUGGAAGAGCGCCUGCAGGACACCAUCACAAACUUCUCCCCAAGCAGCACCCUGCCCCUGGCUGAUGGGGUGCUGGGCUUCAUCCACCACCAGAUCAUCGAGCUGGCCCGAGACUGCCUGGCCAAGUCCCAGGGAGCUCUCAUCACCUCCCGCUACUUCAUGGAGCUGCAGGAGAAACUGGAGAAGAUGCUCCGAGAUGCUCAGGAGCGUUCUGAGAGCGAGGAGGUGAAGUUCAUUGACCAGUUGGUGAGGAAGCUGCUGAUUAUCAUCUCCCGCCCUGCCCGACUUCUGGAGUGCCUGGAGUUCGACCCAGAGGAGUUUUAUCAUCUCCUGGAAGCUGCAGAAGGACACGCCAAGGUUGGACAAGGAAUAAAGACCGAUAUUCCCCGAUACAUCAUCAGCCAACUGGGGCUCGUCAAGGACCCACUGGAGGAAAUGGGGCAGCUGGAUCACUUUGACAGCGGGAACACCAUCACACCGGAGAACGAUGACACCUGUGAGAACCAGCCUUCGCUCGCGGUCCCACGGAGGAAGCCCUGCGAGGGGGACUUUGAGACCAUCAAGCUGAUCAGCAAUGGGGCUUAUGGGGCCGUGUACCUGGUAAGGCACAGGGAGACACGGCAGCGCUUUGCCCUGAAGAAAAUCAACAAGCAAAACCUUAUCCUGAGGAACCAGAUCCAGCAGGUGUUCGUGGAGAGGGACAUCCUCACCUUUGCUGAGAACCCCUUCGUGGUCAGCAUGUUCUGCUCCUUCGAGACGAAGCGACAUCUCUGCAUGGUCAUGGAGUAUGUGGAAGGGGGGGAUUGUGCCACCUUGCUGAAGAACAUGGGCCCGCUGCCCGUCGACAUGGCCAAGAUGUACUUUGCUGAGACCGUUCUGGCACUGGAGUAUCUCCACAACUACGGCAUCGUCCACCGGGACCUCAAACCUGACAAUUUGCUGAUCACCUCCAUGGGCCACAUAAAGCUGACAGACUUUGGUCUGUCAAAGAUUGGCCUGAUGAACAUGACCACGAACCUCUACGAAGGGCACAUGGAGAAGGACACGCGGGAGUUCAUGGACAAGCAGGUGUGUGGCACUCCAGAGUACAUUGCCCCCGAAGUCAUCCUCAUCCAGGGCUACGGGAAGCCCGUGGACUGGUGGGCCAUGGGCAUCAUCCUCUACGAGUUCCUGGUGGGCUGCGUCCCCUUCUUUGGAGACACCCCCGAGGAGCUCUUCGGGCAGGUCAUCAGUGAUGAAAUUAUGUGGCCAGAAGGGGAUGAGGCUCUCCCUGCAGAUGCCCAGGACCUGAUCACACGGUUGCUGAGGCAGUGUCCCCUCGAGCGCCUGGGCACUGGAGGUGCACAUGAGGUGAAGCACCAUUCCUUCUUCCUCCAUCUGGACUGGAACGGGCUGCUGCGGCAGAAGGCUGAGUUCAUCCCCCAGCUGGAGUCAGAGGAUGACACCAGUUACUUUGACACUCGUUCUGAGAGGUAUCGUCACUUGGAUUCGGAGGAUGAGGAAACCAACGACGAGGAAUCAUCGGUGGAGAUCGGGCAGUUCUCCUCCUGCUCCCACCGCUUCAGCAAGGUGUACAGCAGCUCAGAAUUCCUGGCGGUCAACUCUGCCCUCAGCCUCUCCUCCUCUGAGCGGAGUCACUGCGAUGACAAAGAGGAGCGGUGGGACCGGCACUCGGGAGAUGAGGACAGGAGCCGGCCAGCGGGCACUGAGCCCCGCCUCCGCUCCUGGACGUCCGGCAGCUCCACACCGUACACGUCCCGGCACGAGCGGAGCCGCAGCCCCACCGCGCUGCCCAGCACCCUCAGCCUGGACACCAUGCCCAAGUUUGCCUUCUCCUCAGAGGAUGAGAGCCCUUGUGUGGCAUCCUCCAAGCCAGAGAGACCCAAGUUUGUGGUGGGAGACUCAGACGCGGGGACUGGCGGCGCGGUGAAGCAGUCGGCGUUAUCCGCCGAUCUCGUCAGCCUGAACCGCAUCCGCCUGCGGAGCAACAGCACCGGCACCAAGAACUCAACUCCCCGGAGCCUGGAGCCGAGCGGGGGCCGCCGGCUGAGCACCCAGAAGGAUUUGCCGGAGAGGCAGAGAGCCUCCCUGGGCAGCCGUGUGCCCAAAUCUGCCUCCGUCUCAGCCCUGUCCCUCAUCAUCACCUCAGAUGACUUCGGUGGAAGUGCCCUGAUGAGCCCCAUCUCCCCUCACUCCCUCUCGUCCAACCCCUCUUCCCGGGACUCCUCCCCCAGCCGAGACUCCUCGCUGGCCAUCGCCAGCCUGCGGCCGCCCAUCAUCAUCCACAGCUCGGGGAAGAAGUACGGCUUCACCCUGCGAGCCAUCCGCGUCUACAUGGGCGACAGCGACGUCUACACCGUCCACCACAUGGUCUGGAGCGUGGAGGAGGGGAGCCCCGCGCAGGAGGCCGGGCUGAGGGCGGGCGAUCUCAUCACGCACGUGAACGGCGAGUCCGUGCUGGGUUUGGUCCAUCGGGACGUCGUGGAGCUGCUGCUGAAGAGUGGGAAUAAAGUGGCCCUGCGGACCACAGCCCUGGAAAACACCUCCAUUAAAAUCGGCCCUGCACGGAAAAACAGCUCCAAGACAAGGAUGGCGCGGAGGAGUAAAAAAAGCAGGAAAAGGGAUGGCCAAGACAGCAGGAGGAAAUCCCUUUUCAAGAAGAUCUCCAAGCAGUCAUCGGUCCUGCACACCAGCCGCAGCUUCUCCUCCGGUCUCCAUCACUCGCUGUCCUCCAGCGAGAGCCUCCCGGAGUCCCCCACGCACAGCCUGUCCCCGGGUCCCACGACGCCGUGCCGCAGCCCCGCUCCCGACCUGCCCUCAGAUGCUGUGUCCCCUCAGAGCACCUCUCCCUCCUCCAGCACCCCAACGUCACCCGCAGGCCACGUGCGCCCCAGCUCCCUGCACGGGCUGGCCCCCAAACUGGGUGGGCCGCGCUACAAAGUGGGACGUCGCAAAUCCACCAGCAGCAUCCCCCCCUCGCCCCUGGCCUGCACCCCUUCCUCGGCCCAGCGCCCGCCUUCCCCCCAGCGCUCCCCGUCUCCGCUCCACGGGUACCCCAAAACCCCCCAUUCCUUCCAGGGCAAGACCCUGUCCCCCCCCACCAUCGUCCGGCAGAGCUCCCGGCCCCGCAGCGCCGACUGCCCCCGCUCCCCCCUCCUCAAGCGCGUCCAGUCGGCCGAGAAGAUCGUCACCAUCCUGGCCGAGAAGAAAACCGGCGGCGGCCGCAAGCUGGGGCUGGAGAUGUCCACGCUGGAUGGGGAGGCCAUCGGGGAGGGCGACGCGCUGCCGUACCCCGGGGAGCACGGGUACCACCCCGCCAGCUCCCGGCUGGGGGAGAGGCACGACCGGGACCAGGAGAUGGUGGUGAUGCGGCGCCUGAACCUGUCGGAGCGCCGGGACUCCUUCAAGAAGCAAGAGGCGGUUCAAGAAGUGAGCUUUGAUGAGCAGGAGACGGCGGCAGGAAGCGAAGACGGCGGCAAGAGCGAAGAAGGGCAGGGCACGGCAGCCCAGGGCGGUGGCAAGGCUGGCACGGAGCCGCCGCCGAAGCCGAAGCCCAGCACGGUCCCGCAGAUCGCGGUGCAGGGCUCGGAGAGCGACGAGCAGGAGCCGGCGGUGGCCGAGUGGGAAUGCCAGGGCUCCUACCCCAUCAGCAGCGCUGAGCAGCCCAACAGCAGCAUCUCCUUGCCCUGGUGGGAUGGGUGCGAGCACCAGGACCGUGGCUCCCAGCAGCAGCGGAACUGCGGGCAGGGAUCACCCGGCCACUGGCAAGUGGAAGCACAGGGCCAGGAGCCGCCGGGUGCUCAUCUCCCGGCUCCCCGGGGCAUGUGGAGUGGGGCCAAGCACCCCUGAGCCCCACACUGGCACCAGGGAUGGUUCAGGCUCCCUGUGGCAUCCCAGUGCCUCCCCAGCACCCCGUCCUGUGCGGCAAAUCCAUGAGAGAAACGUCCCCGGAGCCGCUCUGGACCCUGGCCGGGCCAGCUGUGCCCCGGCACUUUGCCCCCCUGGAAGGCUUUUUGUACUCCCUGAAAGAUGCUCAUAUUUUUAUAGAGACGCAGGAGCUUUUCCGGCAGAGGCGUUUCCCCAGCUGGGCCCCAACCUCUGUGUACAGAAAGGACUUGAUGCAAAUAUUCCUUAAUUAAUUUAUUACUUUUUAUAAGCUAAACGGGCAGUGCAGGACUGUCGCAGGGGCCAACCCAGCUCUGGGAGUCCCAGCCUUUCCCGUGCGUCUCCCAGCUCCCAGCCCACUGUUUUCUAACCCACUUGCUUUUCCCUACUUUUAAACUUCAAUUCUAGCUGGAAACUCCCUGGAUCUCCUAAGAACCCCAUAAUUCUAAUAUUUAAAAUUUAAAGAAAACCCCAAAUCCACAGCAACAUCCCCCAAAUGCUGGUGCUCCAGGCUGGGAUGCGGAGGUGGGGGAUAUUCUUUGCACAUGGAUCAUCAGAUGAUGAGCAUACGGAUCAUUUUAUAAGCUUAUAGGAGAUAUAAAAAGGGUUUAAUUAUUUUAUUUGGAGAUUUUAUAGCCACCUGGCUCCAUUGGCCCUUCCAGGUGAGGAAAAAAGACGUUCCCCAGAUGGGAAUAUUAAUGGGAUUUUUUAGGGUCAGUUUUUGCUCUUUCCAUUCCUCUCACACAAAAUCCCAUGGUGUUGGUUGGUCAGUGCACAGACACCUACAAAAUCCCAAUUUAUCUUUUUUUCUUUUUUCUUUUUUUUUUUUUUUUUUUUUUAAAGUCUCUCCAACCCAGUGAGCACCUGUGCUGCUUCACUUGUAAUUUGGGAAUUUCAUCCCUUUCUUUCCCCCUCCGUUGCUCUUUAUCCAACAAACGACAGCUCGACCCAGCAUUUCCUCCCCAUUUCUACCAUUUUCUGGGAUAUAAAUGUUUCCAUUUGUUGAUGCAUGUUCCGGUUUUCCCCCUGCCCGCCGUGGUUUGGUGCCGUGGUGCUCCGAGCACCGUGACGGUGACAGGGGGACAUCCCUGGUUUGCCGACCCCGCUGCCACCAGGCAUCACCGUGCCCCCGGUGGAUUUUUGGGCUGCGUGUUGGAUUCUUUUGUGCACGUGUGGUUUGUGCCAGGCUCCGUAUCCCGCUUCUCCCGUUCAACUGGUGCUGUUAAACCCCCCAAAAACGAGCAACCAGAGCUGCUCCGUGUUUCCUUUGCUUCUUCUUCCUCCUCUCUCUGUAUUAAGGUCUCGGAAAGGCAGCGGGGUUUUGGGGAGACACCGGGCACCCCCUGCCCACUGGCACGGCGGGAUGGGGGGGAUUGGCUGCGCCCCAGUGGCGUGGAUAAGGUGGGAAGAAGAUUUUUUUAAUGGGAAAUGUCUUAAAAGCCAAGGGGACUGUGUCUUCCUGCUCAGUGCCCGGCUCUGUUCGUACCUUCGGGAAGUUUUAUGUUGGAUUAAAAUCGUUCCUUGCGCUGA